GUUAAUACUCAGUUGUAUAGUCAGCAAGAAAAGAGUGAAUUGCAAAGGGUCAUUGAGUUAAUGCUGGCUUUUAAUCUAAAUUAUCGACAGGAGAGAACACCUGAGGGAAUUUAUAACUAUGUUCUUGAUCCGAAUAUUGAGGAGCUAAUAAAAUUAGGCAAUUUGAAACCGAAAAGAAUGCUUACAUAUUCUGCGAAACAAAUGAUUGCGAGAGAGGUUGAGAUGGAACAAAUGAGGAAAGGUGAUAAUGCAACUGAUGUGAAAGAGGAAAAAGUUAAAAAGGAGAGUGAUACUAAGAGAAUUCUUGAACCAAAAACUGCACAAAAAAAGGAAAUUGAAGCUGAAAAACCCAUGUUAGAUUUUUUUGGAAGACGAAUUAUUGUACCUGAAAAUUCAAAAGCUGCUGUUAAAGGUGAUCCCAGAGAAGAGGUUUGGAUUCGUUUUAAAGAAGGUUAUAGCAAUGCUGUAAGACGAAAUGUUUAUAUCAAAGACUUGUUAUGACCUUUAUAUUGAAUAAGUAAUAUAUUUUUUUGAUAGAUUGUGUAAAUGUUUUCAUGUAUUUUGCUAACUAGAUAAAAGGAAUUUCUGUAAUAAAUAUAUUUAGUAUAAACA